UUCCCGUCUCCUCUCUCAGGGCGGGGCUUUCGUCCAGACCCGGAAGUGGAGUCGCUGGCCCCUGGGAAGCCGGAAAGCGCGUCGGCGGAGUGGCGCGUUAUGUGGUGCCCUUAGCCGAGCGGGCGCAGUCGGGCCGGCGGUCCUGCCCUCCCGCGGACUGGUGUGUCAAGGCCUGUUCGUUCCCUGGCCAUGGGAGUCGAGCAGAGCGCGGAGGCGGAGAGCCGGCCUCACGACCUCAACGCCUCAGCAUCCCCUUCACCGGCCAAGCAGCGAGCUAAAAUGGAUGAUAUCGUGGUAGUGGCACAAGGGACCCAGUCAUCACGAAAUGUCAGCAAUGACCCAGAUGUCAUCAAGUUGCAGGAAAUACCAACUUUCCAGCCCCUUCUGAAAGGUCUUCUCAGUGGGCAGACAUCUCCUACAAACAUUAAACUGGAAAAGCUAGACUCCCAGCAAGUGCUACAACUCUGCCUCCGGUACCAAGAACAUCUUCAUCAGUGUGCAGAAGCGGUUGCAUUUGACCAAAAUGCAUUAGUCAAGCGGAUCAAAGAGAUGGAUCUUUCGGUGGAAACUCUUUAUAGCUUAAUGCAGGAGCGCCAGAAAAGAUACGCCAAAUAUGCAGAGCAGAUUCAGAAGGUCAACGAGAUGUCUGCCAUCCUCCGCCGCAUCCAGAUGGGCAUUGACCUGACCAUCCCUUUGAUGGAGAGGCUGAAUAGCAUGCUGCCAGAGAGUGAGCAACUUGAGCCAUUUAGCAUGAAGCCAGAUAGAGAGCUCAAGUUGUAACAUUCCAUUGCAGCCAUUGCUUUUCUUUUUAAGACAAGGACCAUGGCUUGGACAUAACUGCACUAUCCAGUGAAGGUAGAGGGAGAUGGCACUUUGGGGCUAAGAAGAGGUGCACGACUUGCAGGGAUUGUCAUUUAAAACUUAGCAACUUGGAAUUCAGCAUUGUCUGGAGCAUAUUUUUAAAAACUUUCCUUCUUGAAUCUACUCCCCCAAAAUGGUUUCUUUCUGCCCAACAAAUGCUGCCUUAAGAUUUUGAUUUUCAAUUCUGUACCCUCAGGGAACCCUUUUCACAUGAGUUUGCAUGCAGAAGAGUCUUGGUUAGUGUCCGCCACAGUUUCAAGUUGUAGAGGUAGAAAGGAGAAGCUUCUACUCAUGGAUCUAUUCAGAAAUAUCAAAGGAGAUCUUUACUAUGCUCCUGACACUCCCACAGCUGGAUAGAUCAGUGGCAUGCUGCUUGUAUUUCAAAAUGAAGACAGCAUUGGGAAUCUUUACUUAAUUCAAUGGAAAAAGCCUGGAGUGAUCUCAGAAGUUUCUCCUAGUGUACACUGUAAGAACACUCGUACAGUUGGUGCUGCACACAGCUUCGUCUUCCCACGUAAGAAAGCAAAGAGAGAGCAAGGUUGGGUCACUGGAAUCUCCAGCCAGUGCUACAAUCAUGCUCUACAUUAGGAGAGCAUGGACAUAUCAUGAUAGUAGUGGCUUUACCACGACCCCCAUAGCUUCUUUCUGACAAAGAAUUACAUGGGUAGAAACCUGGCCUAGCCCUCAAAACUGGUUUCCCACCACUUGAUUCUGGGACAUACUACAAAUAGUUGUUGUCCAGAGUUCCCUCAAAAGAAGACUAGUAACAAACAAACACCCUUCAAAACAUGUUACUGAUAUUUCACAUCUUCCUUGUAAUGUAGAGCUUCUAUAAAUUAUUGACUGCACUGUAGAGUUUGAUCCCCAGUUAGGGUCUGCUAGGCCUAGGAAAUCUAGUAGGUACUCCGCACUAAAUGAGUGUGCUCCAAACUCCAUUCACGGGGUUUCAACAAUUGAUGUUUUCUAGCUAAGAGAGAUUGCUUUGGGAAAGGUUCACUGUGGAUAGGAGGUUUUAACACUGUCUUGUAGGCCAUACAAUCCAUUCACAAAAGAAAGGGCAAAUCUGUGGUUUUACUUUUGCCUCCCUUUUAAACAGAAAGCUGCAUGCUCACUUUUCUGUCCUUUGCAAUAGCUCCAUCCUUUACAACCCAUGAGAACUACUGAGUUGCAAGAAUUCAGUAUACAGUGUUCCCUCACUACUUUGCGGUUCACUUUUCGCUGUUUCGCGGUUUCGUGGUUUUUCAAUAAACUCUAAAAGACUAUUAUAAAUCAUUAAAAAAUUACAAUUUACAGCCUAAUGAAGGGAGGAAAGAGAAGCCAAAGGGAGAGAAAAUGAGCCCAAGCGGCAACAGGAGGAGAAGGAGGCGAUUUAUCAAUACACAAUUAGUGAUAAAGACUUAAAAUAGUGUAUAACUACUAAAAUAAUAUAUAAAUAUUAAAAUAAAUAUAGCGUCCUUACGUUGCAGAUUUUUACUUAUUGCAGGUGGUCCUGGAACCUAACCCCAGCAAUAAGUGAAGGAACACUGUAUAUUUUUACCCGACAGCAUGUUCGUUCAGUUUUGUGAACAUGCUGCAGGAAUGGGGAAUGAAGACUGGGAAAUGCUGACGGCACUCUUUGAAACUACCAGCACUAUUGAAAAGGAUGGUAAGUAGCAGUAGGCAAGGGAAUCUUGUUUGACAUUAUUGACCACUUGAUGUUUCCCAGGAGACACUUAAAACCUCUGAUAUCCCAAUUCAAACUAGACUGUAUCACAUAUUUGGACACAGUCUUAUUAUUUUGUUUUUCAUGGGAGAAAAUCCAGAAUUGUAUUUUGUUCUUGGGGGACCUUUCAGAUUAUGCUAGUGAUAAGCCAGCUGUUAACUAUAUUUUCUUGCAAAGUGAAAACAGGCUUUUUAAACUCAUGUGGCGUAAUGUAGUGGUGCAUGGGAUAAGUUUCCUUUUGAUGUUUAUGCGACAUCUCUCCAUGAAAUUUGUGCAUGUGGAUAUUUUUUAAGUUGACUUUUUAUUCUAUAGGGCUAUUGAGUUACCUCUUGAACGAUAGGACUGUAAGAGCUAUACAUGUCCCAGAAUGAAAGCCUCCCAUGUAAAAGUGAUUAUGAGCUGCUUGGUCCGUCAUAUCAUCGAUUUGCCCCCCCCCCCCCCAAAAAAAACGCUCAUGGAAGAAAACUUGCUUUUUUAAUUAUUAUUAUUAUUAUUAAGUGCAUUUCUAUACCGCUUUUCUCACACCUGGGGGGACUCAAAGCGGUUUACAACAUAAUAAAUGGCAAAAUUCAAUGCCUUACAUAUAUAUAAAAAUAUAUCACAUAUUUAAAUCAAAAGCAUGGUCCUCUUUCUAAAAGAUUCCUACCAGAUUUCAUAAGGCAAAGUCCCUGUUUUAUUAGGAACAAAGGACAUUAUUUAGUCCAGAUCCAGAGAAAGAUGGAAAAGUCAGGAAGCAGUUAAUACAUAUGUUUUGUUUGUUCCUGAGGUAGUUUCAAGGAGUGCCAGCAGUUGUCUUCAUUUCCCGAUCCUACAGCAUUUUCACAUAACUGAACUAACAUGAUGCUCUCUGGGAAACAUAUAUACUGAUUUCUUGCGAGACAGUGGUUCUCAUGGGUCUGUUAGUGCCAAAUUAUUCACUUCCAAAAUAUUGCAAGUGCUGACCAAAGCUCCACUGCAGUAUUUGAGUUAAUUCUUUGUAACUGUAAUAUCAUUUCUUCGUGUCGGGAGCACAAAUUUAAUAAGGACAAGCAGCAGGAACUAGAUGUGAGUUGACGACCAUUCUAGGGUUGGAAACAAGUGAGUACUUUUAUAGGCAUGAUUCAGAGACAGUUGGAAGCAGCAGCAGCCUCAUACCAUUUGCAGAUUUCUAUGUGGGGCAUGGACAUUAUGAACCACAUCUGUUACCGGAGCCUCCGGUGGCCUAGGGGAUAAAAGCCUUGUGACUUGAAGGUUGGUUUGCUGACCUGAAGGCUGCCAGGUUCGAAUCCCACCCGGGGAGAGCGCGGAUGAGAAGCCUCCCACAAGAAUGGUAAAACAUCAAAACAUUCAGGCGUCCCCUGGGCAACGUCCUUGCAGACGGCCAAUUCUCUCACUCCGGUUGCUCCUGACACCAAAAAAAAAAAAAAAACCACAUCUGUCAAACUCGAGACCUACUAUGUUAUUUUAUGUGGUCCUCCAGAUGCUUGACUACAACUCUGGUCUUCCUCAUUUUCAGACAUCAUGACCAGAGCUGAUGGGAGUUAUAAUGCAGUAACAUCUGGAAGCCUGCAGUUUGUUCUGUUUUAGUCAGGACAGUAGGGUUUGAAUUUUGAUACAAGGCUUGUGGAUAUGAUGUCUGACUUUAAAAUGUCCUUUAACUUUUCUCCAACCUCAAAGCUACAAGUGCUGUUGGGUUGCCAUUCCCAUCAUCCCCAGUCCACAUGGCAGAGAAUCAAAAGUGAUGGGAGCUGCCAUUCCAUAGCAUCUGGGGGCCUAAACUAGGUAAAAACUAAGGAGCACAGACCACUAUGUAAACAAAUUAUAGAAUUAAAUUAAAUUCUCAAUCUAUGGAUUCAACGGCCCUUUGAAGACAACCAUAAGGCUGAUAUGGCCCUCAAUAAAAAAGGGUUUGACAUCCCUGCCAUGAACUAUUUGAUGUACAUCUGGAGAUAACAUUUUCAUUUUGCAGUUGCAACCACUGUCUCUGCAUGUAAACCAUUCUACACAAUUGCAUGGAAAUAGCUGUAGCUUGUGAGAAGGCCUGGGUAUGAUCCUUAUGGAUGUUUUCUGGCUAGAAUUCCAAAAUGUUAAACAGCUCAUGUACCAUGAUUUCCUAAGUGUGUUGUGCACCACUCUUAAGAUUUUUUGACAAACAUCUAGCAGCCUUCCAACGUAGAAGGCAUAUGGGGCAUGAUCUUAGGCUUCAAGACUUCAUUCCCAGAAAACAAUUAAGAUUCCUGUAACAAUCCCAUGUUUUUAAUGGGAAAAUACCAUGCUUUACAAUGUGCACAAGAACCUUUGGGGAUCCUGUGCAGUAGUUCUUCAAGAGAGCUGUAUAAAAUGAUAUUGUAAAUAUGAGAGUUCAAAGUGUUGACAGUCUAGGAGAUCAUUGAAAAUCAGAGUAAGGGAAAUGGGUGGAAAGCAGGCAACCUCUUGAAAGAUCUAUGCAAGAUGGACAGUAUGUAUUAUUUUUUCUCAUUCAUGUCAUGCAUCUGUAACUGUUUCAGUUGAGUCUUGCAUUGAAUUAUGUUGCACUCUGCACUAUACACAUGCCGUUAAAGCAGUAUGUGAUCUCUACUUGAAAUAUUUAUUUCUUUUUGUUAAUAAAGGACCAUCUCAGUUUCCUUCUA